AUGGAACCAAUUGACGAGAAUUCAGCGCAAAGCUCAGCUCCUAGUGAAUCAUUACAUACGGUUCCAAUCUAUAAUUUAGACGCGUCGUCUUCCGAUAGUGAUUCUGAUGACCAAGGACGUAUGGGCGGUCCUCCUGUAGGACCUCCAAUAGAUACAAGUAUUUUAUCACCAAGCAUUCCUCAAACUUCACAGCGUCAACGACAGGUACCACAACGUCCUUAUGCUUCAAUGCCAAGACAUGAGAGACAACUUUCAGAGCUAUCUGCUGUAGCAGAAUCUGUACAAACUAGACCUAGUGUUGAUGAAGAUUACCUUUUUGAUGAAGAUUCCACCAGCGAAGAAGAACCUUUUCAACCAAAUCCCAUUUCCGGUAGAUUAUCAAGUCAAACUGAAAUGACACCUCAAUCGGUUGCUAGUCCAAUUACUCAAUAUGAAUCUCAUACUGUUGCUGAUGUCCCGAUUACUUCUUCUAGAACGGAUAAUCGAGGAUUAAGACCUUUAAGUUUACUGGGUGGUCUUGAACCAUCUCGAGGUCUUAAUGCAGAUGUGGAGAAAGGAUUAUCUUUACAUACGAAAGAAAUAACGUCAUCUGAACCUAAACCACGUGGAAUAACUAAAGAAACAGCGUCAACGGAACAUCCAAGUGAUACAGGAGGAUAUCGUCGCUCAAGAGAUGCAGAACAUAUGUAUCAUCAUCGUGAAUCUUCGGACCUUUUACCAUUAACUCUUGUGUCAGGAGGAGGUGCACUUUCGUUUUCAUCUCAUUAUGCAUAUCUUCCUCCCCCCUUUGGUCAAGUCAUAACUCGAUCACAAAUAAUGGCUAGAGUUGCUUGGUUUUCUCAGCUUGUCAUAUUCAAUAUAAUCUACGCAGGAUAUAAAUUAAGUUCGUCUGAACAAUUGGUGGAAGGAAAAAAUUCCUCAUUUGAUUUAAUUGGAUUAGUAAUUAUUCCACUUAUUUUCUUAAUUACCUAUAUUUUAGUUGUUACAUUAUGGACUUAUAUAGAUCUGCGGAAUAAAGAAUAUUAUCCAUCUUUCACGGUUUUAUAUUAUUCCCCUCUGAUGAUUUUUUCAAUAUUUUUUGGGGAAAAGAAACGAGUUGAUGUAUCGAAAUUUCAUGAAGUAAAUUAUGGAGAAAAAUGGUGGAGGUUUGGUGCAACAUGCGUAAGAGAAAGUUUGAUAAUGUCAUUCUAUUGUUUAUUUGUUAUAGGGUUCGUUACAUAUGAUAUAGUAGGUAGAGCUUUCAAUCAACGUAAUGCUGAAGUAUCAAAAGUAUUUGAAGAUUUUGUGCCAUUUUUACUUCUUUUGGUCGUCUUUUCAUUGGGAUUUGUAUUAUCAAUUUGGACUGUAAUUGAAAAUAUUGUAGCAGGAAGUAUGCAUGGAAGUAGUGAAGGAAAGAAAAGUUUAGUAGGUGUAUUACCGAAUGCAUUAAAAACAAAAAAUUUAUAA